AUGGAUAUAGAUUACAAUUCUGAAAUCAAAUAACCACUGCUAGAGGCUGAAAAGAAUACUUUAUAAGUACAAGAUGAAAUAAAGAAAAGAAAUCUAUUAAAUACAGAAUAUUAAUGGAUAUUGGACAAUUAUAAAGAAGUUGACUACUCUAAGAUGGGAGAAAGAAUCAAAUAUAUACCAUUUAAGUUUGAAAAGGUUGAAAGAGAAUUCAAGAUUGAGUAAAUCAUACUAAUACAUCAGAGAAAUGUGAUUUUAGUCGAAUAUUUCUAUGAUCAUCAAUAUAGGAAUAAAGAAGUUGAUUUCAUCGAUUUCAAAACUUUGGACACUUUAAACACAAUUAGCUUUAAAGAAGUAGACUAUGAUAGUAAGAUCAUUCUCAUAAACUUCAAUGAGAUUGACUAUGUUUUUUAUCAAGAGACCUAAUCUGUAUACUUGAUAAAACUUGAUGACUUUAUUGCUUAAAAGAAAGAAAAUCAUUUGAUUGAAUUCGCCUUUUAAGAGAGAGGUACAUUCUUUAAUGCUUAGAUCAUAGAUGAAUCCAUCAUUAUGAUCAGGCAUUUUUAAACUAUGUAUCAUUUCAAACUCAAUAGUACUUUAGACAAAAUAAACGUAAAAUCAAAAGUUAAAUAUGAAGUAAGUCAUUAGAAUACUGAUGAAUAUCGAAGAAACUUAGAUAGUUAAAAACGAAAUUUGUUUGUAAGAAAUGAAAAGUAAGGUUUUCAUCAGUUUCAUUGCUCUGAAGAUAGUUAAGUUUGCUAUCUACUCACGAAUCACUUCAUUUUUAAUGUUGAUUAUGGUGAAACUAUCUUUGUUGAUAGGAAAUCUCUUGAAAGAGUCAAGCAGCUUGAUAAUAAGUACUUCUCAAUCAAGUACGAAGACAUAUAUGAAUACGUAUUGGACUACCAUUAUAAUAUUUAUGAUUUUAGCAAUCAAGAUGGAUGCACUCUAAAGAAAUUGCAAAAGCUUUAUAACUCUUCCAUUUAACAAAUAUUUAGGAUUUCAACUACCCCCAAUUAUUUUAUCAUAUUUUCAGAAAAUGAAGAUAUCGGCUUUACAUUACUGGUAUUUGAUUCUAAGACCUUUCAAAUCAGGGAGGAGUUUAAAAAUAUUACUGAUAAACACUAAGAUUUUAUAGAUAUAGAUACAAUAAACCAUCGGAUUUAUUAUAGAGAUUCUAAUUUUACGGAAUAAAUUAAGUAUUUUAACUAUAAUACAAACUUAAGCGCUUUUAAUAAUCUUGUCCCAGUUUUAAAAUAAAGAUAGCAUUUAUUGGAAAAAGAUAUGAGACAAAAUGUAUAAAACUACCUUAUAUACAAGUCAGUUAAGGAUUCAGAAGUAAUAAUGAUAGACUUAAUAACUGGAUUCAAAAGAUAAAUGCCAGAUUCUUCUUACAGAAAUACUAUCAACUAUAUAAAACAUGACCUUGAUAUCUUUACUAAAGAAAACUUUUUUAAAAUAAUAGAAUCAUAGUUCAGGCCUCCGAGUUAUGAUAAAAUCGAUGAUAUCUCAUGUGAAGAUAUUCCAAUUAGAAAGAAUGGUCAAUAUAUUUUUUUCAAAGAAAAUCGCAUGGUUUAAUGGGCUGACUUCAAGAAAAAAUCUGAAUACAAAUUUGAAAGUAGUGAUGCUUUUUGCAUAAUGCAUAACCGCUUUCAUGAAAAGCAAUAUAUCUUUGACUAAGCAUCAAGCUAUAGAAUUGUGUAUUAUGACAUUAAAAACAAAAGGUUUGAAUCAAUUGAUUUAAAAGAAGGAAUGGAGAUGAAAGAUUAUCCUUAAUUAGCUAUUAUUGAUGAAAAGAUAGGCUAUUUACUUAUACAAUAUGCUCGUGAAGUCAGAAUAAUUAGUCUGUAAAAAAGAUAAAUUAUCAAAGACAUACCAGUUGAAAUGAAACGCAAUUCAGUAUUUAUUAAGAAUAACUAUAUUCAAAUAAACUCUGAAGAGGAAGGGACUGUCAUCUUAUUUUUCAAGAAUUAAAGCCUUCACAAAAUGAUUCAGAUAAAGCAUAGUCUAUAAUUUAAAAAUCUUGAAAUUUUAGAAUCUUAUUAGAAAGAAUUCAAUUAAACAUCAUGCUUAAUAUAUAAAGAUAAAGAUAAAGAUUCAGGAUCCAAAGUUUAUACUAUGACAUUAAACUCAUUUGAAGAAAUGUUCAACUAAGAUUUAAUGAUUCAACCCAUUUUCCCAGCUUUCCAUUUUGAGCUUGCUGACAAAGUACUUAUAGAUUCAAGUUAGGUUUAAUUAUUUAUCAAAGGGGAGUAAACCAUGGUUGGCUAUUUCUUAAUAGAUAUUAAUGAUCAAGUGAUAAAAGAUUACAGAGAAAUAGCAAGUAAAUCUAAUGAAGAGAUUAUUAAAGAGCUAUAAUCUAAUGUCAGUAAAUACCUAAAGUUUGUAGCUGGUUUCGGAACAGGAUUUGGAGUAUUCUAGAAUAAUUUAGUUGCCUUAGAAACUCUCGUAAAAUAGCUUUCGGUAAAUGAUAAGUUGACUGUACCUAUCCUAAUAUGCCGCCUUAUAGGAGAAUCUCCAUUAGAUUUUUCUCUAAGUAAUCGUCAGCAAAAAAUUAUCAAUCUUAUUCUGCAGAUGAUUCUAAAAUACUAGGAUCACAUAAUGUUUAACUAGCUGAUCGAUAAAAAUUUAUGUGAAUUAAUUCGACAAUAGGUAGACUUAUAAGAAUAUUUUCAAAGUAAUUUGCCUAAGUAUGAGAUCCUAGACUCAUCCUUUUUAAGUUAACAUUAAGAUGAAUAAGAAUUAAUUGAAGGAAUUAAUUUGGAUCAUCCUAAAGACGUACAUCAAAAGUAUGAUGAAUUGUUUGAAUGCAAAUUAAAUCAAUCAAAAGAAAAAAAUGACUCUGUAGUGUCUAUUGAAUACCAUUUGAUCAACAUGCCGAUAACGUUACAAUCGAAACCAUAAGAAUUAAUGACGGUAUUAAGUGAAACAGAUAGAUCAGAUUACUUUGAAAAUGAGAUCAUCCAAGGUAUUAUAAAGUUCAAAUGGAACGAAUAUACAAAAUCCUUUUAUUAGAGUAAAUUCUAUAUUUACUUGAUAUUUAUGGCAGCUUUUAUCUUCGAUAUCUUUUAUUCAACAUAUGCUACUGCUGUAAGAGAUGAAGACAGUAAAACAGACUAUGAAACUUAAAGAUUGUAGCAAAAUAUUUGGAUUAAGAUUUCUACAAAAGCUAUUUGCAGUAUUGUGCUACUUUACUUCUUAAAAUAUGAGAUAAAUCAAAUAAAAGUUUAAGGAAAAGAAUACUUUAGUGAUGGUUGGAAUUACUUUGAUUUUAUGCUUAUAAUAGCUUAUACUACAUAUUGCAUUUUGGACUUUACAAUUGACAUAGAAGAUUUCCUAAUCUUUAUUAGAAUUCUGGUAAUUGUAUUGUCUUUUAUGAAGCUAUUCUUCUUUCUGAGAAUUUAUGAUGGCUUCAGUUUCCUUGUUUAAAUGAUGGCUGGGGUCUUCAAAGAUCUCUCGUACUUCUUGAUGUUCUUUAUCAUUAUCAUUUUCCAAUUCGGAAUGAUCUUCUUGGUCUUAUUCAAGGCAUAGGAAAUUGACGAGUACAAUGGUGUGAACAAAGUGGGAUAUUUUUUGAUGGCUUUUAGAAUUUCAUCUGGAGAUUUUCAGCUUGAUGAUUACCAUACCUAAAAUGACGGGCUAGUAAUCAUCACCUGGAUGAUUUGGUUAAUUGCUGUUAUGACUUUAAACAUUAUUUUCAUGAACUUCAUUAUUGCUGUGAUAUCAGAAUCCUAUGAGAGAGUGAUGCAAAAACUAGUAACAGAAUCAUACAAAGUCAAAGCCAAUAUGAUUGUUGAGAGGGAGCAACUACUCAGUUUAGAAGAGUUGAACAACAUAAACUAUUUCCCUAAUUAUAUUGCGAUCAGAAGACCAUUGAAUACAGAGUCUAGUGAAGCUGGAGAAUGGUAAGGGUUUAUCAAAGAUCUUAAAUACACCAUAAGAACUACAGCCAUUAAAUCUAAAACAGAUAUCAUUUCAAAUUUACAAUACUUACAAACUUAGAAUCAAGAAAAUAGUCUUAAACUAGAUUAAUCUUUAAUACUUGGUGAUCAAGUAAAAAGUCUUGAUGGUCAAGUUAAAGGACUCGAUUAAAAAGUCCUUAAAAUUUAAGAUGAUAUGGAAUUCAUCAAGAAUUCCCUAACCUAAUUACUUCAAAAGUGA